UUUCGCGCCGCCGGCUGCCGCUGUGGAACGGCGGGUCCAUGUGCGCAUCGAGCAGCGCUGCUGCCCCUGCUUUCGUCCGCCUCGCCUAGCCCAGCCUGCCCUGGCCCUGACCCCCGGCCAUGGACCCCAAUACCAUCAUCGAGGCCCUGCGGGGCACAAUGGAUCCGGCGCUGCGAGAGGCAGCCGAGAGGCAGCUCAACGAGGCUCACAAGUCAGUGAAUUUUGUUUCAACUCUUCUCCAAAUCACUAUGUCGGAGCAACUUGAUUUACCAGUGAGACAGGCAGGUGUUAUCUACUUGAAGAAUAUGAUAACUCAAUAUUGGCCUGAUCGUGAUACUACACCAGGGGAAAUCCCACCUUACUCAAUACCAGAAGAAGACAGACACUGUAUUCGUGAGAAUAUCGUAGAAGCCAUUAUUCACUCUCCUGAACUGAUCAGAGUACAACUUACUACUUGCAUUCACCAUAUUAUCAAGCACGAUUAUCCUAAUCGUUGGACUGCAGUCGUGGAGAAAAUUGGUUUUUAUCUUCAAUCUGAUAAUAGUGCUUGUUGGCUUGGAAUUCUUCUAUGUCUUUACCAGCUUGUAAAGAACUAUGAGUAUAAGAAACCAGAGGAGCGGACCCCUUUGAUAGCAGCAAUGCAGCACUUCUUGCCAGUUCUGAAGGACCGUUUUAUCCAACUUCUCUCUGAUCCCUCUGAUCAAUCUGUCCUCAUCCAGAAACAGAUCUUCAAAAUUUUCUAUGCCCUUGUUCAGUACACAUUACCACUUGAAUUGAUCAAUCAACAAAACUUAGCAGAGUGGAUAGAAAUUUUGAAGACAGUUGUGGAUCGAGAUGUUCCAGCUGAAACCCUUCAAGUUGAUGAAGAUGAUAGACCUGAAUUACCUUGGUGGAAAUGUAAGAAGUGGGCAUUGCACAUUUUGGCUAGGCUUUUUGAAAGAUAUGGAAGUCCUGGCAAUGUUUCCAAGGAAUACAAUGAAUUUGCUGAAGUUUUCUUAAAGGCAUUUGCUGUUGGUGUUCAGCAGGUUUUGCUGAAAGUAUUAUAUCAAUAUAAGGAAAAGCAGUACAUGGCUCCUAGAGUUUUGCAGCAGACAUUGAACUACAUCAAUCAGGGUGUGUCACAUGCAGUCACGUGGAAGAAUCUGAAACCCCAUAUCCAAGGCAUUAUCCAGGAUGUUAUUUUCCCACUGAUGUGCUACACAGAUGCUGAUGAAGAGCUAUGGCAGGAAGACCCUUAUGAAUAUAUACGUAUGAAGUUUGAUGUAUUUGAAGACUUUAUUUCCCCCACAACUGCUGCUCAAACAUUGUUGUUUACAGCAUGUGGUAAAAGAAAAGAGGUUCUGCAAAAGACUAUGGGCUUUUGUUACCAGAUCCUCACAGAGCCAAAUGCGGAUCCCCGUAAAAAAGAUGGCGCUCUGCAUAUGAUUGGCUCUUUAGCUGAAAUACUCCUGAAAAAAAAGAUAUACAAAGAUCAGAUGGAAUACAUGUUGCAGAAUCACGUUUUUCCUCUUUUCAGCAGUGAACUAGGCUACAUGAGAGCACGGGCUUGCUGGGUUCUUCACUAUUUUUGUGAAGUUAAAUUUAAGAGUGACCAGAAUCUGCAGACAGCUCUUGAGCUGACAAGAAGAUGCCUGAUUGAUGAUAGAGAAAUGCCUGUGAAGGUGGAAGCUGCCAUAGCACUGCAGGUUUUGAUUAGUAAUCAGGAAAGAGCUAAAGAAUAUAUUACUCCAUUCAUCAGACCUGUCAUGCAGGCUCUUCUUCAUAUUAUUAGAGAGACUGAGAAUGAUGAUCUUACCAAUGUAAUUCAGAAAAUGAUUUGUGAAUAUAGUGAAGAGGUUACUCCUAUAGCAGUAGAAAUGACCCAGCAUUUGGCAAUGACAUUUAACCAAGUGAUUCAGACAGGACCAGAUGAAGAAGGUAGUGAUGAUAAAGCAGUAACAGCGAUGGGCAUCUUGAAUACCAUUGAUACACUUCUCAGUGUAGUUGAAGAUCACAAAGAGAUUACCCAGCAAUUGGAAGGAAUCUGUUUGCAAGUAAUUGGAACUGUUUUACAACAGCAUGUUUUAGAAUUCUAUGAAGAAAUAUUCUCCUUGGCUCAUAGUCUGACCUGCCAGCAGGUGUCAGCACAGAUGUGGCAGCUUUUGCCUCUCGUCUUUGAAGUGUUUCAGCAGGAUGGUUUUGAUUACUUUACAGAUAUGAUGCCACUGUUGCAUAAUUAUGUAACUGUUGAUACAGAUACACUCCUGUCUGAUACAAAAUACCUAGAAAUGAUCUAUAGUAUGUGUAAAAAGGUUCUUACAGGUGUGGCAGGAGAAGAUGCAGAAUGUCAUGCUGCAAAACUGUUAGAGGUAAUCAUUCUACAGUGUAAAGGUCGUGGCAUUGAUCAAUGUAUACCUUUAUUUGUGGAAGCUGCUUUAGAAAGGUUGACCAGAGAAGUUAAAACAAGUGAACUGAGAACAAUGUGCCUCCAGGUUGCCAUAGCUGCUCUGUAUUACAAUCCUCAUCUACUUCUGAGUACUUUGGAAAACCUUCGUUUCCCCAAUAACGUGGAACCUGUUACAAAUCACUUCAUUACACAGUGGCUUAAUGAUGUAGACUGUUUUUUGGGACUUCAUGACAGAAAAAUGUGUGUGCUUGGCUUGUGCGCUCUUAUUGAUCUGGAACAAAUACCACAGGUUUUAAAUCAGGUUUCAGGACAGAUCUUGCCAGCUUUCAUCCUUUUAUUUAAUGGCUUGAAAAGAGCAUAUGCUUGCCAUGCUGAGCAUGAAAAUGAUUCUGAUGAUGAUGAUGAAGCAGAAGAUGAUGAAGAAGCAGAAGAGCUUGGAAGUGAUGAAGAUGAUAUUGAUGAAGAUGGGCAAGAAUAUUUAGAAAUUUUGGCAAAGCAGGCUGGAGAAGAUGGAGAUGAUGAGGACUGGGAAGAAGAUGAUGCUGAAGAGACUGCCCUGGAGGGAUAUUCAACAAUUAUUGAUGAUGAAGAUAACCCUGUAGAUGAAUACCAAAUAUUUAAAGCAAUUUUUCAGACAAUUCAGAAUCGUAACCCUGUUUGGUACCAAGCUUUGACACGUGGUCUUAAUGAAGAGCAAAGAAAACAGUUACAAGACAUAGCAACUUUAGCAGAUCAGCGAAGAGCAGCCCAUGAGUCAAAAAUGAUUGAAAAGCAUGGUGGAUACAAAUUCAGUGCUCCAGUUGUGCCAAGUUCAUUCAAUUUUGGUGGUCCAGCCCCAGGAAUGAAUUGAAUUAUCACUACCUUUUCUCCUACUGUGUGAUUGUAGUGAAGAGCUUGUGUUCCUCCCAAUAGUGGUUCCAGAACUGGUUCAUGUUAUCUACAGCUCACUCUAAAUGAAUUGGUAGAUUGAACAUUUUUUUAAAAAACCACCAACCUAGGAAGUGGGACUUGAUCAUGCAACCUAAUACUGGAAAGAAGGAUUUAUGAUGAUAGGAAGAACUUGACACUCGAGCUUCAAAUGACACGCUGUGGAAAUCAGAAAUCAAGAGGGAAUGUCAUGAAGGCAGGUUUCUUUCUAUGAAGAAAAAAAUAAGGCAUUGGCUGCAGGACUGUUGAAAAGGUUCAUUUACAGUACACAAGCUAGAAGGCCAAUUUAAUUUUUACACCUGUGGGACUAUGAGUAUUUGCCCAACUUUCUUCUCUUCCCUUUCACCCCACUGGGAAUCUGUUCUUCUAAUGUACAUAAAGGUAAUUGGAUAGCCUUACUUAACACUUCAUCAUUUCCAUUUAUCAAGAUUGUUCAUAUGUAGAAUAUCGGACACUUAUUGUAGCACUACAUAACUGAUAAAUCUGUAAAUGAUUUAGCAUUUUCAUAUUGAAACAAGCCUGCUAGCCUAUGUACAAAAAUAGCAAGAUGUUUGUUUAUAAAAAGGGAUGUUCUGGGGAAAAUUUCAAGUUAUUAAUUUAAAACAAACUAGCAGUUUUGUACCUGGUGACUUUGUGGUGCAGUCACCAUUGGUUGUGACUUGAAUUUGGUUAUGUAAAAAAUGGUUAGUAGUAUUUCAUUGCUGCUAAAAAGAAAAAAUGGCAACACCCUAUGUGUCCUUUGUUUUUCUUAAAGCUGUCAAUGUACAAAUGGAAAUUUGGAUACAGACUCCUUCAUGUUUAAGUGCUGAGAAAACUUUUCUCAGCAGCAUGUGAAAUCUGACAUGAAGUUCUACUCUUACAGAAGUGUAUUUUGAAGUGCAGUGGUGAAAGAUCUACAUAUGCAAUCUAUUUUAAAAAAAGACAUAAUUUGGCCGGCUUCGGUUGAGUAUCAUUUAAGUUUGUUCAUUUGGAAAACUUAUCGUGUUGCUUUUUUCCAGCACGCAGGUAGAGGCUUUAAUAUCUUGUUCCCCUUCCCUCAAUGGUUCCAAAAAUAGUGGAUAUUCUUUAAUUUGCCUGAUCCAGUUGGGUUACCAAGCUCUCAUUUCUGAGACCACCAUUCUCCUUUAUACUCUUGCCUACCAGUGGUAUAGUAGCUAGUAUUUUAACUAGAAAGGCAAAAAACUCCUCCCUACUGGGACCACUAUUAAAACCACUGAAUGAAAAAGCCACCAUCAAAAUGAUGUGAGUGGACUGGCUUAGGGCCCCGUCUUUAUUUCUAUAAAUACAUAAAAUAUUAAAUGCUGGGUUUCUUGAUCUUGCCUUGAGAUCACUGGUGUCAAAUCUUUUAAGUAAAACAUUUUCAUUCUCCUGGCUGUUUUUAUAUUCAGUGUCAUCUGCUGUUACAACUGAUACUGAACAAGCUACCUUAAUUUAAAUGUAAGCCUCCAGAACUUUAAAGGCAGGUUGAAAAUGAACUGAAUUUAUAUCUGUAAAAAAAUGAAACUGAAAUGAACAUAUAUAUUAUGAUAUUCAAAAUGCAGUCUUCAGAAAAUCA